AUGGCUACACAAGUAUCUUCAAAUGCCACAUUCAAGAACAGGGAAAAGCCUCAGGAAGUGCGCAAGGCCAACAUCAUUGCCGCUCGUGCAGUAGCAGACGCCAUUCGUACAUCCUUGGGACCUAAGGGCAUGGACAAGAUGAUUAAGACAUCUCGGGGGGAGGUCAUCAUCUCCAAUGAUGGACACACAAUUUUAAAACAGAUGGCUAUUUUACAUCCUGUUGCAAAGAUGUUGGUGGAAGUGUCGGCAGCGCAGGAUUCGGAAGCCGGUGACGGUACCACCUCUGUUGUUAUAUUGACAGGGGCAUUGUUAGGAGCUUCGGAGAGGCUUUUGAACAAGGGCAUUCAUCCCACAAUCAUUGCGGAGUCAUUUCAAAAAGCGGCCAAGAGAUCGGUUGAGAUUUUACUAGAGAUGUCUCAUAAGAUCUCGCUCUCAGAUAAAGACGACUUGGUUAGAGCUGCUAGUACCUCAUUGAGCUCUAAAAUUGUCUCGCAAUUUUCAUCCUUCUUAGCACCUUUGGCAGUUGACUCAGUUUUGAAAAUAGCAAAUGAAGAAUCUAAAAGUGUCGAUCUCAAUGACAUACGUUUAAUAAAAAAAGUGGGAGGUACAAUCGAUGACACACAAAUGGUUGACGGUGUUGUGUUGACCCAAAAUGUCGUUAAAAUGGCCGGUGGUCCAACUAGGAUGGAAAAAGCUAAAAUUGGUAUCAUUCAAUUCCAAAUAUCACCACCAAAACCUGACACUGAAAAUAACAUUGUUGUUAGUGAUUAUAGACAGAUGGAUAAAAUUUUAAAGGAAGAGAGAGCAUAUCUAUUGAACAUCUGCAAAAAAAUUAAAAAGGCCAAAUGUAAUGUUAUAUUGAUUCAGAAAUCUAUACUGAGAGAUGCUGUCAAUGAAUUGGCACUCCAUUUCCUAUCAAAAUUAAAUAUAAUGGUCAUCAAAGAUAUCGAAAGAGAGGAAGUAGAAUUUUUAUCGAAGAGUCUGGGUUGUAAGCCAGUUGCAGAUCUUGACCUCUUCACGGAAGAUCGUUUGGGUUACGCAGACCUGGUAGAAGAGGUUGAUAGUGACGGUUCAAAGAUUGUUCAAUUUACAGGUGUUAAAAGUAGCAAUGCGAAGCCAACCGUAUCAGUUGUCAUUCGUGGUGCUAAUCAAAUGAUCCUUGAUGAAACCGAACGCUCAUUGCAUGAUGCGCUGUGUGUGAUCCGUUGUCUUGUUAAGGAAAAUGCUUUAAUUGCAGGUGGUGGUGCGUCAGAAGUCGAGAUUUCCCGAAGAUUAACAAAAGAGUCGCGCUCCAUGGAGGGUGUUGAAGCAUUUAUCUGGGAAGAAUUUGCACAGGCACUGGAAGUUAUUCCAACGACACUAGCUGAGAAUGCAGGUCUAAAUAGUAUCAGAAUAGUUACAGAGCUACGUUCAAAGCAUGAAAACGGUGAAUUAAAUGAUGGUAUUUCCGUUAGGCGUUCGGGGACAGCUAAUACAUACGAUGAGCACAUUUUACAGCCGGUUUUAGUGAGCACAAGUGCUAUAACACUAGCGUCAGAAUGCGUGAAAUCGAUAUUGCGAAUUGACGAUAUAACUUUAAGUCGUUAA